CAGUGGCGUUUAGACCGGCGUGAUGACGGAAGAGCGAUGUCCGCAGCUGGUGGAUUAUUUCGUGGUGGCGGGUCUGGCAGGCGACUCUUCUCCGCUGGACGAGGAGGGUCAGCAGAGGGGCGUGCGAGCGGUGCAGCCCGUCACGGAUCUGGCCGUGAUCGCCCGCGGCCUCGGGGAGGACGUCCCGGAGGGCUUCACCUGCAUCGAGAAGACACAAGGAGGCCAUCCGGCGGAGCUGAGCGCCGGACUGCUGAACAACCCGCACAUGUUCCUGUGCUACAGGAGAGGACACGACAAACCGCCCCUCGUAGAGCUCGGCGUUCUGUACGAGGGUAAGGAUCCCGUGCGGCCGGGAUGGCAGGUGAUCGAGACGACGCCGUACAGCCGGUCGGCCAGCCUGAGCUCCGGCGGCCCCGCGACCCACCGCACCUUCCUGACGUUCCGCAGAGCGCCGGAUUCACAGGCGCUGAACACGCUGGGCGUGACCGAGAUCUCGCUGCUGAUGCCCAGCAAGGGCGAGACGGCGCCGCACACCUACUGCCGAGUGGACAAGAACCUCAACACGGGCAUGUGGGGUCCAGCGCUGUAUCUUUGCUACAAGCGUUCAGUGGCUAAAGCAAACGCUCUGGUGUACGAGGCAGGUCUGAUCAGUCGGUAUCCUGAGGAGGAUCUGGAGUCGUUUCCUCUGCCGGAUUCAGUCCCAGUGUUCUGCCUCCCGAUGGGUGUGACGGUGGAGAGCUGGCCGCUCAACACCAAAUACCAGCUGCCCAUCUUCUCCACGUUUGUCCUGACCAGCGCCUCCGGAGACAAGGUGUACGGUGCAGCGAUCCAGUUCUACGAGACGUACCCACGCGAGUCUCUGUCCGAGAGGCAGUGUGUGCGUCUGGGUCUGCUGAGCGUCGUGGACCGCCGGCCCAUCACCAACCGCAGCGUGCAGGUCAAGAAGAGCAUCUGCGUUCUGUCGCACUGGCCCUUCUUCAGCGUCUUCCAGAAGUUCCUCACCUUCAUAUACAGAUACUCUAUCUCUGGGCCGCACGUGCUGCCGCUGGAGAAGCACAUAUCGAGCUUCAUGCACAACGUCCCGUUCCCGUCCGCUCAGCGUCCUCGUAUCCUGGUGCAGCUCUCUCCGUAUGAUAACCUGCUGCUCUGUCAGCCCGUCUCGUCCCCGCUGCCGCUCAGUGGUGCCAGUUUUGUGAAGCUGCUGCAGAAUCUGGGUCCUGAGAACGCCUGUACGCUGCUGCUGGCCGUCCUGACCGAACACAAGCUGCUGCUGCACUCGCUGCGGCCCGAUGUGCUGACGUCCGUCAGCGAGGCGCUGGUGUCGAUGUCGUUUCCCCUGCGCUGGUACUGCCCCUACAUCCCCCUGUGCCCGCUGCGGAUGGCAGAUGUGCUGUGCGCGCCCAUGCCCUUCAUCGUGGGCGUCCACUCCAGCUACUUCGACCUGUACGACCCUCCAUCUGAUGUGGUGUGUGUGGAUCUGGACACCAACACCAUUUUCCAGUCUGAAGAUAAGAAGCCUCUGUCCUGGAGGUCUUUGCCCAGGAAACAUGGGAAAAUCCUGCAGAACUCUCUGACCAACCUGCACAAAACUCUGGAGAAGAUCUACACGCCCGGGCAGGAGGAGGCCACGCUGGAGUUCCUGCUGACGGACUACGAUCUGAUCUACGGCCGUCAGAAGCAGCUGGAGCUGGAGAUCCAGGAGGCGUUUCUGCGCUUCAUGAGCUUUUUACUGAGAGGCUACAGGUCCUUCCUGCUGCCCAUCACACAGGCGCCGUCGGACCGAACCACAGACUGCAGCUCCCUCUUCAACCUGCAGGGUUUCCUGAAGUCACGUGAUCGCACGCAGCAGAAGUUUUACACCCAGCUCACGAAGACGCAGAUGUUCACGCAGUUUAUCGAGGAGUGCUCGUUCGUCAGCGACCGUCACGCCAGCCUGGAGUUCUUCGACGAGUGCGUGCAGAAGGUGGAUGUUGAGAAGCCGGAGGACGUGCGAUUGAUAGAUCAUGACGAGUGUCACAGCGGCGAACACACGGUGUUCAUAAUGCCUCCGGAGGAACCGCAGGAGCCCGACGGGUCGGAGUGUCCCGCACACUACAGCUACGACACCUUCCCGAUCCUCCAGCCGGAUCUGUUCGAUCGGCCGAUGGAUCAGCUGCGCACUCCUGCUAAAGGAAGUGCCCCGAGUAGCCCCGCCCCCCGCCGCACCAAACAGGAAAUCAAGCUGGCGCAGAAGAAGGCCCAGAAGUACUCGACGGUGCCGGACAUGUGGUCCAAGUGCCUGCUGGGUCACUGCUACGGCCUGUGGUUCAUCUACUUACCCACGUUUGUUAAAGCAGAGAGCACUAAGGUCCGCGCGCUGCACGCCGCAUACGAGGUCCUCAAACACAUGGAGACGCGGAAGGUGGUGCUGCCCGACGAGGUGUGUUACCGGAUCCUGAUGCAGCUGUGCGGUCAGUACGGGCAGCCCGUUCUAGCGGUCCGAGUUCUGCUGGAGAUGAAGAAAGCUGGAAUCACGCCCAACACCAUCACAUACGGAUACUACAAUAAAGCGGUGCUAGAGAGCAAGUGGCCAUCCACCAAUCAGGGAGGGCGUCUUCGCUGGGCGAAGCUUCGUAACGUGAUAUUGGCCGUGGCUCAGUUCAGGCAGCCAAUCAAACAGCAGCAUAGGAGCGCGUCUUUCGGUUCCCGCCCAGGAGAUGUGCUGUCCAAGCCCCGCCCCUACUCGGCUCUGAUUCGUCAGUCCAGCUGGAGCGGGUUGAGUGAAAGCUCCAGCCAUGAAUCUCUGACCAAGAGUAACAGUCUGAGCAGCGUGCAGGCGUCAGGAAGCAAGCUGAAGCUGUCAAAGAAAGCGUCAGCUGAUGCCGCGGCCUCCCGCAAGCCUCCCGCCGGCCCUGUGCUGGUGCGCCGCAGCGACGUCUGCCUGUCCACCUUCUACACAGACUGUGCAGAGACCGCAGACGCAGACGCAGACGCAGACUGCAGGUGUCAGCCUGCCGAGAGGGACAGCAGGUCGGCAGAAGUGAGGGAGACUCUAAACAGGAAGUCGGUCGAUGAAAACUACAACAACGUUUCUUCUCCGAGCCGUGGACUGGCCGGGAAACUGCAGCAGCUGCUGACGCCCACGAGGAACCGGACGUCAGUGCGACGGGCCGCCAGCGUGGACGACCGACGGCGAGGCAGCGGAAGCUCCCGCCGCACCUCCGACCACAAACCGUCACGGAAGAUUCAGAUGGCCGAGAGUCUGUUGAAGGCCAAAGAGCGGCUGUAUAACGCCACGUCUGAGAGCUCGCUGUCUGUAGGGAGUGACAUCGACAUGACUGACAUCCACACGCUGGCGGUUCCUCUCAGGAAGUCGUGGGAUUCUGCACAGGAAGGGGCGGGAAUUGAGGUGCUGAUGUCGAGCUGCUCGCUGUGCCGCAGCUGUAAUUCUCUGGUGUAUGAUGAGGAGAUCAUGGCGGGCUGGUCAUCUGACGACUCCAACCUCAACACCACCUGCCCGUUCUGCUCCGCACCGUUCGUCCCUCUGCUGAACGCGGAGAUCUGUGACAUGGGGCCCGUCUGCAGUGCGGAGCGCAGUCACCUGAACUCGGAGGAUGAGCUGGAGAACUCCAUCAGGCCUCCUGCUGGCCGGGACGACACACUGCAGCACCUGUGCAACGGCGUCAGAGAGACCGACUCCAGCUCCGAGACCAGCAGCCAAUCAGAGAGCAGCAGCCUAGCGGGCGGAUCCCCGCAGGUGACGGUGGCGUACCUGAGCCCGCUGGUGCUGCGCAAGGAGAUGGAGAGUCUGCUGGAGAACGAGGGCGAGGCUGUUCUCUCUCAGGUCCAGCUGCUGGACAGUCACUCCAUCCUCUUCUGGAAUCUGGUGUGGUACUUCUCGCGCCUCGGCCUGCCCAGUAACCUGUCGCAGCUGCUGAGGGCGUCUCCGCUGACCGCACGGCUCACGCAGGGGUCAGAGGGCGCGGCGGUGCGCGUCAGGCUGAUGUGGGACACUUUGACCCCUGACAUGGAGCAGUGGCCGCCGCUCUACAUGCUCUGGAGGAUUCACAGUGGCGUCCCAAUGCGUGCCUACAACUGGCGGCAUCACAACCAUCCCUUCACCCUUAGCUUCCUGGAGGAAGUGCUGCGAUGGGUCGGCAUGAACGAGGUACACAAAGCCAUCACGCUCUUCCUGGAUACUGUUGCUAAGCAACCAGGCACUCCUCGGAUACAGAGGAGUCUGUACAGAGAGAUGCUCUUCCUCACGCUGGCUGCUAUGGGCAAAGAUCACGUCGCUUCGUUUGAUAAGCGCUAUAAGGCGGCGAUCGUGCGCUUGAGUGGAUCUCUGGGCCGAGAGGAGCUGCGGAGGAAGAGGAUCCAGCCGCCCAGUCCUAAAGCCGUCGACUGCAGACGCUGCUUCCUGUUGCCGCUGGAGUGCUAAAGGCCACUUACACACACACAAACACACACACACACACACACACACACACACACACACUCACACGCUCUCACAUGCUCUCACACAGACACACACACUCUGACUCACACAUACAUUACACAUGCACACACACUCUCUCACACACACACACACACUCUCACACAGACACACACACUCACACACACAUACUGACUCACACAUUACACAUGCACACACACACACACUCCGCUCCGUCUCGUCAUGUCUUGCUGUCUGCCUUCUCACACACACACACUCAGUCUAACCGCUUCACUGAAGAUGCCCACGUGCUCCGCUGUGCAUUAUGGGAAUGUGCGAUCCUUCCACCAGAAACUGCUUCCGUAUCCCACAAUGCUGAGCAAACUGACGCCCCUCAGACACACACUUCCUGUCUCGACUAUGGAAGCCCAUUUCUGCCACAUCAGAAAAACAAGCAUGCUUUUGUAAAUCAUAAUUAUGAUGUAAAAGUCUAAAUUAUGAGAUAAAAAGUUGAAAUUAGGACUUUUUCAGUAAACUAUGACUGUCAGUUUUGACUUUUUAUCUCAUAAUUAUGAUUUAGUAUGUAAUAAUUUCGACUCUUUAUGUCAUAAUUAUGAUUUGCAAAAGCAUGUUUUUAUGUGUGAGGAAUGAUCUUCCACUCUUGACUGAGGGUUUUUAGGAUAUAAUGACACAGAAGAGGCGACGGAAGCGUCUGGAUUUACCUCGUUUAUUUCUGUUCGGUUUGAUCGUGUUGAUUUCAUGGAACUCAGACUGUUUGAAAUGACAGAAAGCAUCAUGGGAGUCUGUUUAGAUCGUCUUGCACUGGAGUGAUGCUUUGAGCUCGUGUUCGUGUCAGAUGUUUCCCGACCAGCCUUUCUUCUUCUUCAUCAUCAUCAUCGCUCUGCGUUUGCGCCGUGGACUGGAUGGUGUGGCAGCUGGUGAGGACACGAGUCGGUGUCCCGUUGCUGCUGUUCAAACACGCGUCACAUGCUUUUAUCCAGUCAGGGUUUAAUGUGAUGAUCCGUGACUUUAGCAGCUCCACGUUUCCUUCCAGCUCCUCUAGAAUCAAGAUUUUAGCAGCGAGACGUUAUUCAUCAAACACAUUCACCCCCAAACGCUCAUUCACGUGAUCAGCAGCUCAUUUACAGGGAAAGUUCGUCCAAAACCAUCAAGAAUACAGUAUAAAAUCAUGAAGGAAAUACAUGCAUUCAGUUCUAUAAAACACACAAUAAAUUGAAUUUAAUAAUAAUUUGCAAUGACACAGAUGAUGAUUUUCAUAUUUUUUGAGCAUUUUGGAGGUAAAUGUGCUUGAAUUUCAUGACAAUUGUGUAAAAAAAUAAUCUGGUAACACUUUACAGCAAGGUCUCAUUUGUUAAUGCAUUAAUUAAAAUGAACUAUCGAUUAGCAUUUUACAGCAUUUAACAAUCCUAGUUAAUGUCAGUUAAUAAAAAUACCAUUCUUCAUAGUUAGUUCAUGUUUACAGUGCGUUAACUAAUGUUUACAGAUCAACUCUUGAUUUUAAUAAUGCAUCAGUAGAUGUUCAGGCUGAAGGUUCUGGUCUCGCUCUGCUCAUGUCCGAUCUUCUGAUCCGUGUGUUUUUGUGUUUGUACGGCUGUGGUCUGUGUUUAAACCAGAGGAAACGCUGUAGGAUUUACGCCACAUCAUUUAGUCUUAAGUUCAUCAGUGAGGAAAAUGAACCUGCUAGAAGUGUUUUAAUGGCAUUAGAGGAAAUGAUGUAAGAGGAAGCUGUAGUUUCUGCUCUCAUUCACUGCAAUAACCUGCACAUUCACUGCAGAGACGGACGCUUCGUUUUUAAAGUUUAAAGAGAAAAGAGAUUAUAAAGCUAUAUUUAAGUUUUACAUGUUUGCUGUGGUAAUUUAUAUUGAUGUGACCUUUGACCUUUGUUGUGAAUGUUUUGUUUUUUGUUUUUUAAGAAAAGAGUUUUAAGAACCCUCA